CGGUCAUUCCGCCGUCUGGUUGAUUUGCAUAUUAGCCUUUUAUUAUAUAGGAUAGGCACACCAUAAUAUUUGUACUUAUUUGCACUGCAUUGAUUGCUAAAGUGAUUGACCAUUUUUGCAUAUGCUUGUCACUUGACUUUUUUUAUGAGGUGCAUUGAUAAUUUUAGGUAUAUUUCUGUAUUCUAGUUUUCUUUUUAUUUAUAAGUAUUUCUCCCUUGUCAUUAACUUUCUGACUUAAAUUUAUUGGCGCGACAUUAGUUAAUAAAAUUAUAUAGGUUUCAUGUGUAUACUUCCAUAAUACAUCAUACAUUGUGCUUUGUGUUCACCAGCCAAAGUGAAGUCUCCUUCCAUCACCAUUUAUCACCCCUUUACCCUCUUCUACCUCCCCCAUCCCCCUUACCCCCUCUGGUAACCACCAUACUGUUGUCUGUGUCUGCAAGUUUUUGUCAUUAACUUUUAAACCAUCUUAUUUUCUUUCACUUAUAGAAGUUAAAAUAUUUGUGUAAUCAAAUCCACCACUUUUCAAUGGUUUUGUUCCUUUGGUUCUGCAACUUAUUUUGUGUAAUCCUACUUAAGACUUAUAGUUUGUGUAGGGCAUUAUCACAUUUAAAAACUUACCUUAAAAAAACUAAGGUACACUCUCCAACCAAUGAAGCAUUAAAAUGGGCCAGGCAAUGUAAUUUCUGCCUGUUAACGUUCUUACGACUUAGAUUGUUAGAGUAGUUAUUACAUCGUUGUCCUGUUCUUGUGCCAUUUAUAUUGAUGUCUUUUGGUUCUCAGAUCAUUCACACAUUCGCAAGGCGGGUCCAGACCAAAAUCAAAGAUCUGCUGCAGCAGAUGGAAGAAGGGCUGAGGACCGCAGACCCACAUGACUGCUCUGCGUAUACGGGCUGGACAGGCAUAGCCCUGCUGUACCUGCAGUUGUACCGGGUGACGGGUGACCAGACACACCUGCUGCGGUCCCUGGAUUACGUCAAGAGGACCCUUCGGAAUCUGAAUGGCCGCAGGGUCACGUUCCUCUGCGGAGACGCCGGGCCGCUGGCCGUGGGCGCGGUGGUGUACCACAAACUCAGGAGUGAUGGCGAGUCCCGGGAGUGCAUCGCGAAACUUUUGCAGCUCCAGAGAUCCAUUGUCUGCCAAGAUUCGGACCUUCCCGACGAGCUGCUUUAUGGCCGGGCCGGGUAUCUGUACGCCCUCCUCUACCUGAACACGGAGAUCGGGCCAGGCACCGUGUGUGAGUCGGCCGUUAGAGAGGUCGUCACUGCUAUUAUUGAGUCGGGCAAGGCUCUGUCGAGGGAGGAGAGGAAGGCUGAGCGCUGCCCCCUGCUGUACCAGUGGCACAGGAAACAGUACGUGGGGGCAGCCCACGGCAUGGCCGGGAUCUACUACAUGCUGAUGCAGCCAGCAGCAAAAGUGGACCAGGACACCCUGGCCGAGAUGGUGAAGCCCAGCAUCGAUUACGUCCGCCACAAGCGCUUCCGCUCCGGGAACUACCCGUCGUCUCUGAGCAACGAAACGGACCGACUGGUCCACUGGUGCCACGGGGCCUCGGGGGUCAUCCACAUGCUGAUGCAGGCGUACAAGUUUGCAGAGUGGUGUCUGGACUAUGGCGCCCACGGGUGCCGCAUCCCUGACAGGCCCUAUUCACUCUUCGAAGGCAUGGCCGGCGCGAUCCACUUUCUCUCCGACGUCCUGGCUCCUGAGACAUCCCGGUUCCCGGCGUUUGAACUUAGCUCUUCGCAGACGGAUAAAAAGAUGUAAAAAGACUCCUAAGCGCCCCGUUUGGACCAAAAGCCAUGAGACUUCUCGGUGCCUGACGGGGAACCAGCUGUGAAUCCCGCGGGGGAGGCGGAGAGCAGACACGCUGGGCCCUGUGUGCAGUGACCCUGGACCUGGAGCCCAGUGUGAUAUACCGUCUCGCCUGUCACGGCCCCCCCGCGGCCACGCCCGCUCUCACACCCCGUUCUCGCAGCGUCUGCAUGUCUCUUGGUGUUUGUUGUUUGUAGGUACCAGCUGUGCUCAGCAGAAAGCCCCCUGUGCCCUCGAGCGGAGCUGGCCCGCGGGACACGCGGCAGCCCCUUCCCUGUAAAUCACUUCACAGCGGGAGCCUCGGGCGGAGGCCGGUGACACCCAGUGCUCGCACCCGCGCCACCUUGCUGCACCUCACGGGGCAGGAGGGCAGGGCUCCAGGACCGAGAGGCUGAGCAGAUACGGGCUCGGCCUUCCCACGAGGGUUUUGUGCUCACCUCGGUGUUUUUUGUUGUCGUUUUUUAAUUUUCUUUAAAUCCUUACCUGGGAUAUGUUUUUCUGGUUUUAGAGAGUAGAGGAGAGAGAUUGCCUCCCACACGUGCCCUGACAAGGACUCGAACCCGCAGCCUUUGGGUGUACAGGGCUGACGCUCCAACCACUGAGCCACCAGCCCGGGCUCGCCCUGGUGGUUUGAGAAGCCGGGCGCCUCGCUCUCCGAGCUGGUCCUCAGCGGAGUGGCCUCGGGACGGGCGGCCGUCCAGGUGAACCUUCCUGUGACCGCUGUGCGUCAGGGCCCCGAGCGUCAGCAGUCCUAGGCCCGGUGCGUUACUAAAGCAGACGGCUCCCCUGUCCAUCCUCGUUAAGUGUGUGGCUUGAAGUUCAGUGAAUAAAGUUCCAGAAGGCGACCGGCAGGCAGGUCUCUGUUCCGUGUCCCUGCAAUUAAACUACGUCAAACCUG